AUCCUUGCCUAUCGAAAAAUUGAUUUGCGCCUGGCUCAAAUGUUGUUUUUCAGUUCGAUUCAGGAAAUCUAAGACGAAAUGGAUAUUAAUCAACAUGUGGAUGCCGCAUUGACUACGUUAGUGGACAAUACAAAGUUCUUCAGGGAAUUGGCCGAUGUCGUGUCCGAGUUUAGAAAUGGCGGGGAGAUACAAAAACUGCUGGAGGAAAGCACCCAAAAGCGCGUGGAGCAGGCCGAGAAUCUAAUUAAGAUGAAGAGCAAGCACCAAUCACUCCAACAGGCGAUGCAGCUGGCCCAAAGCGAGAGCGCCACCAUCGAGGAGUUCGAGGGGAAUUGGAAGGAGCGCUGCGAGGCGGUGGACAAGAAGCGCAUCAAUGUCGGGAACAUGGGCGAGUUUAAGAACUUCAAGCGAUCUGUGCAGGCUGCAGCAGCUUCCUACGGAUCUGCGGAGGAUACCGGCCAAGCAGCCAAUGGCACAGCCGACCACGAUGACGACCUCAUCAUCGAGGGCAUCGAGGAGACCGGCGGCGAGAUCUUCUCGCUCUACGAUCCCUGGUCCAAGGCGCUGAUGAAGAACCCAGUGCGCAACACGGUGUGCGGCCACAUCUACGACCGCGACUCGGUGAUGCCGCUCAUCAAGAGCAACAUCGGCAUCCGGUGUCCGGUUCUGGGCUGUGCCAACAAGAGCUACAUCCAUCCGGGGCACCUGAUCGAGGAUGCCAAGGUGCGGGAGAAGGUGCGCCAGCAGAUGGCCGUGGAGGCGGAGGUGGAUGCUACCUCAGAGGAGGAGGAAGAUGAUGACUAAGCGGCAGGCUGCGAUUCGCUUUGCCUUAGGCUAAACCUAAUAUAGGUAUUUUUAACGAAGACCAUGACUUUGUAGGUAUUAAUUUAAUGUAAACUCUUAAAAUCCAUUGAGUUUAAGCUAUUUAUGAACAUCUUAUUUGCAUUUUAGAACCACUAUCACAUUGUUUUCUUUUUUCUUUAAUGCUCACCAUCUUAUGCAUGUUCAAAAUGGAAAAUUUAUGAAAUAUUACUUUUUAUGUACAUAUAUAGG